GUCAAUUCUUGUUUUAUUUAUCUUGUUCCGGCUGAUGGUUGAAUGCUAUUUUAAAAAAAUAAAAGAAGUGCACUAUAAUUUGCAUAUCAAAACAUAUUAUUAAGUCAAGACGCGUGACUAAAAUAGGUCAGACGGAAGAAGUGCAAAACGAUGGCUUACAAAUGUGUUUUAUCCGUUUUGUUGAUAGCUCCUUAUAUUUUACACUGUACCACGGCCGCCGUUCAUAGCCAUAAUAUUGAUACAAUUGAAAGAGAAUCUGAUGGCAGUUAUCGCGCUCGAGACUACGACCACUUCACUGAAGCCGGUCACAACUUGGAGUUCGACCAUGAAGCGAUCUUAGGCAGUGUAAAAGAGGCGGAGGAAUAUGACAAGCUCAGCCCGGAGGAAUCGCAGCGGCGGCUGGCCAUGCUGCUGCCCAAGAUGGAUAUCAACGGAGACCAGUACAUUGACCGCAAGGAACUUAAAAAAUGGAUCUUGAACUCCUUUGCUAAGUUAUCUCGUGAAGAAGCUCAGGAGCGCCUACUGGAAGCGGACGAGAACCGCGACGGUCUGGUGACAUGGGCAGAAUACCUGCACGAUACAUUUGGCGCUAAUGAUGAUGAGGAGGUGGCUCCCGAUGACACAGGAGAUACUGGCAUGCUAGUGCGUGAGGAAAAGAAAAUGUGGGCGCUUGCUGAUAAAAACGGGGAUGGAAUGCUGGAUUUGGACGAGUUUGAGGUGUUCUCGAACCCUGAAGAACAUGAGGCGAUGCAGCCGUUCCUAGUGAGCCAGACAAUCCGGGAGCGCGACCACAACAGGGACGGACGUAUCGACUUCAAGGAGUAUCUCGGAGACAGGGCGGCGGCUCACGACAAGGCGUGGCUGGUGUCUGAACAGGACAAGUUCUCGCACGAGCUGGACCUGGAUGGAGACGGCGCGCUCGGUGAAGACGAGGUGCGCCGCUGGAUCAUACCAGAUAAUGAUGAAAUAGCAGAAGAGGAGGUGGAUCAUCUAUUCGCAUCAGCUGAUGAUGAUCACGACGACCUGCUGUCGUUCCCCGAGGUGUUGACACACCAGCAUGUGUUUGUGGGCAGCGAGGCAACUGACUAUGGUGACCAUCUCGUCGGUGACCGUUUCGAUGACGAGCUGUAGACUGACAGCAAACUAUCUGACAUUUGUGAGUCAACUUUGAACUAUGUAUAGUCCAAGAAUCUUAAUAUACAAUUACCGUUAAACUUCAUUUAAAUACUUACUAAAUAACAAUAUCGGUUACUACAACCGAAUAUUGUUGGUCCUUACCGUGUUGUUAUAACAGGUUUUAAUUUUACUAUAGUAAGUUAUUUAUUGUAAAACAAAUUGUAUCAACUGAAUCUCUACGUCUUAGUUUUGAAGUCAUUUUGGAAUCUAAUCUUGCCAAAUAUGUACUUUAACCUUCCUAAGAUACUAUACGACUAUGGGCUACAAAGGUCUUUUGUUAACUUUCUAUAAUCUUGUUACUUGGUCGGGAUUUAAAUCUCUAAUUGUUGGUUUCUGAGACCAACAUCCCGGUUUAAAAUAUAUUGUUAUCUCUGUAUUGAUAAAUACAGGGAUGAUGUUUUGUACUGAGAUUUUGGUCUUAGAAACUAACUGUAAUAGACAUUUGAUUGUUCGCUGUGAACAACUUCCCGUUGCAUGUUUUAAUGUGUAAACUAUUACGUGUACUUUAUAACAGAGGCUGUUUCGUUGUAUUAUACGCGCACU